AUGCCGUUAUACAACGUUGAGCAUUCCUACCCGCUGAAAGGGGAACAAAAAGCUGAGCUCGCAGAGAGAAUAACCCGUCUACACUCAAGGACAUUCACCACGCCAAGUAUCUUCGUGCAAGUAAAAUUCUACUCACAUGAUGCAUCUGCACACAAUUACUUCGUCGCAGGCAAGCCCAAAGAAGAAUGCGCCAACAGAAUCAUAGGUUUCGUGCGCACUUCUGCCAGUCGCACGAAGGAACAAUUCGACAAACUUGCCGAGCAGAUUGAGGACUCUUGGUACAUUGUCGUAGGUCAGCGAGUCGAGGGGCAGACGGAAGACGACAAGCCUCAGAAGGAUAUGCCUGAGAAGGAGAGGAAGGCUAUGGAAAUCAUGUCUGUCACUUUUAUCGGUGGCUAUAUGGGUCGUGAGAAGGGGUUUCCUAUUCCAGAGGCCGGUGAUGAAGGCGAAUGGAUGAAAGCGAAUCGUAAACAAUUUGAGCGCAGGGCUGAAUUAGGUGAAGAAGAUAUCAAGGAUAUGCUUCAAGAGGUUGACGAACGGGAGGGCCUGCUCUUAUUGACGAGGGUAUCAGAUUUGAAGAGCUGGAGAGCAUGA